UUUUACGUGGACAUAAAACAACGCAAUACUAAGAACUGAACAUGCAACAUUUUUUUUGUAAUUGAUUGUUCCAUUUACACCACUCUUUUUGACUCUCUAGUCGUCGAAGCAGCUCCAGAUUUCUGUUCGACGGACGCAAUGUCUGUGGUGUCAGGAUCCCGAUCCAACCGCCACGCGUCCAUCGCAGAGAGCCGGGGAUCUUCAGCUAGUGACCGGCCGGUUCCUCUGGCAAGGCUCGCUGAAGGUAACAACUACUCAGGAGACUCUGUGUCCAUGGCUACAGACGGAGGAAGGAGGCAGGAAGGCUUUCGCCCUGACCCCAACGAAGUCAUAAUCGCCCAACAAAUGACUCGCACCCCCAAAGUUGACCGAUGGCACGUAUCCACGACGCCAGGGACGGUGAUCAACAGCCAGCCGGUCCCACCCUCCUGGAUACCGCAUCAGCUGGACCCCGUCUCCAGGGACGAGUUCGCGGAGGUCGUCAGGACGCACACGAGCAGCGGAAAACUCAAGUUCGCUGUCAGCAGUGAGAUCGAGAGGGGCUCCAAGGAAUUAGGAGAAGGCCGGAGCUGGUUGCCGGAGACAGUGUCUUACGGAGAGUUCCUUGCAGAUAUGCUGUACCCCGACGAAUGUUUCCUCCUGCACGGCCAGUCCUUACCCUUCACCAAUGUUAACUUCCACGUUUGCGAGGAGUGGGUUCCGGAGCCGCACCGCUGGGGCACCCAUAAAGCCCUUAGACCCCCAGUGAAGGGACCGAUGCUUACCGGCCGAGCGUUUUUGACCAAUCACAGGCUGAUUCUCUUUUCGGCUGAAAAGCAAAAGGCAACAUCUUUUAGAAAGCUAACACCCCGGUCAACAGGCUCCGGUUCGUCGAAGCCCGAUGGGUACCAGCUGACAACGACAAACCAGGAGACAGUGCACUUCCAAAGCGUACCACUGACGCAUUUCAGGAACGUGGAGCUCCUGGUUGCCAUGGGAACGAGCUCCGUCACCAACAUCGUGGGUCGGAGGCUUUUCUGCUGCGUGCCGUUGACAUGCUGCACGGUGUGUUACGAAGAUGACAUGUGUUCCAAAUACUGGUACCCGCGUGACCAGUUGACCUUCGGCACCAAUACCCGGAUGUUAUCCAUGGGUGUGGUCAUGCCACCGUGGGGAAAUCGCAGCCUCAUUGAGGUGCACGUGCCCUCUGAUGUACCCCUGUCGUUGAUGCGAGGAUAUAUGGUGGAGCUUCAGCGGUACUCACCGGGAAUGAGAACGACUGCACAAAAGCCGCAGGAGUCGGGCUAUCAUACUUGACUGUGACAGACUGAUUUGACAAGAGAUGGUGGCACAUUUUGUCAUAGAUGUCAACAAUCUUUGCUAAUUUAAUGGUUCAUUCACUUAAUCUUUUAAAAGGUGAUCGUGACUGGGCAGUUUUUCAUUCUAUAGACCAUAGUUUCAUUUUCAAAUAUGCAUUAAACGGUUUAGGAUGCCAAAUUUGAAGAAAGCUCACAAUCAUGGUUAGUAACAAAUUUUGCUUCAAAAUUGCAUUUGCUCCUUUGUGUUUAAAAUUUGGCAUAGUGGCGUUUUAUUAUUUAGUGUUUUAAUUGCUGCGUGGGAUUUUUUCUUUUUCGUUUUAUGGAUUAGUCCCGCGCUGCUGUACUGACGGCUACCCAUAGUUUACCAGCUACUGGUGAAGAAUAGCAGAAAAAAGAGGUACAGCUAGCAAGAGUGUAGGUAAAAAAAUGCAGCAAAGUAAAGGCACCUUUCCACAUGCGCGUCAACAACUGCGCCAAUGGCAUUGCGUAUCCGUCAAAAUCGCUGCUGGGGCGAGUUGGAGGGCCGAACUCAACGCACCAGGUCUGAUAUGUUAAUGGGGUCGACUUCUGUGUCCACGAAAGUGACACUACGAUGCCUCGUGCACGCAACGUAUCAAAAAAACGUACAUUAUGGAAAGGCGCCUCAGGCACGUGCAAAUAAUACGUGCACCAAAUCGAGUUAUUCAAUGUACAGUAGGCCUAUAUUGAAUUCUGGGGACACCACUUGUAUAGAUUUUUUUUUCGUUGUGUGGAUCUUUGUUUGCGUAAGACUGUACAGUAGCCUCUUUGAUCCACCGAAGGGCUAAGUUUCAAAAUGGUCACAGUUGAUAUAAAAAAUUACGCAAAGGAUUGUGGGACUUACUGUUUAAAUCCGAAAGCGUGAAAUUAAGUUUGAGUGACAAUCACUACAAUCUGGGAAAAAGAACCCCUUUGAGUGGAAAUUCAAAUGAAAUCCUGACCAAAUGGAGGAAAAAAUAAAUUUCCCUCCAUUCAUCUGGUCCCUUGCUUCAAUCAGAGGGAGUGAGUUUUCACUCGAAUGGAGUGAAUUUUGUACUCUUUGGAAUCAUGAAGCGUACAUAUGGUACAUUUCAAAUUAUUGCGUAUCUGUAAUUGCAGACCAUGUGCAGACCAAGGAGGACUUAAGUUUCAUAUUUAAUUUUUUGUCACAUAAAUUAAGGUGAAUCUUUUAAGCCUUUCCAAAUUUAAAACUUAAUAUACACGUACAAAACAUUUCCAAAGAUACUGGGAAAAAUAUUAGUUAUUUAGAUUCAAGUUGGUACAUCUACCACGAUUUAUUUGGACAAAGACGUGCUGCAAGAAGCUUCUAUUUCAAUUUGUCAUAUAGAACAUGUUUUCAUUUGCCGUUUCACCUUUUUAUUUUUCAAUUCGCCUUUGCAGAGAUUUAAGUUAAUCACAGAACCAUGGAGAAUACGAAACAAUUUGAGGAUAUGCUUCAAGAAUAAAAGAGUACCCAAGAACGACGAAUCGUUUUAGAGUGAAUAUCGCUUUAAAUCUUGAUCAAAAUAAUUUGAAAAAGUACCUCUUCCAAUGGAAACUCGAGUGAAAUCUUGAUCUCAUGGAGAGAACAAAUUUCACUCGAAUUCGUUUGGACCUUAGUCUCAAUCGGAGGGUUUCGAAUUUCCCUCGAAUGGACCAAAUUUAAGUGUUUUCGAGUGCAGCAUAAUGAUGAUUCCUCUGUAUACAAAGGACAAGUUAUCAUUCACCAAUGGUGUCACCUAGAAGGUUGUUCCUCCAGUGAGUUAAUUGCCUAUGACAGCAAAAUGUCAUGGUCAUGUCAUAUCGCGGUCGUAGGUAAAAGAACCUGAAAGUGAAAGGUCACACUGUGAGUCUUUGGAACCUUUACAUGCGGCCGCCUUCUAUUACGUUUAAUAAUAUUUGGAAAAAAUGAUUGCUAACUGAAACCACCCCAAGAACCAGUCAUGUCAGAACUGCGCCUUUGUUUUCCUCAAAUAAUAUUGUGGAAAAGUCACUUCUGGCAUUAUCGUUCUUUUAGUUCUUGUUUAUGCACACUUGCUUUCACUUUAUAUGCUUAUGUGAGAACGAGGAUGAAGAACUUGACCUGACGCAGUUCCAGUCAGCAAAGGUAGUAUUAGACUUUAAAAUUUUUCCAAAAUGCAGAUUAUUUAUCCAUUAAAGUUUAUUUCCUUGAAAAUGUAAUUUGUUCUGUUUUAAUUUCAGCUUCUAUUUUCUUCUAUAGAUUGAAGUGUAAAUUUUAAUCUGCGUACAAGAACAGCGAGUUUCACACGUCGUCAUGCAUUUGAAGCAUGGAAUAUGUUAUCCAUAGGUCUAGAUCCAUCCUUGCCAAUCGGAAUUACGUGGGAACACGCUGACAGUAUGUAGACGUAACCGUAGCUCUGGAAACUCGAUACAUGUAUUUCUCUUUCAGGUUGGACAAUUUUUUAGUAUCUAUUAACCUGCUGGUAAAUGUUUUACAAAAGCCUUUUUCGAAGGUGACUUUUGAAGAGGUAAACUACGAAACAAAACUGCAAAUUCAAAAAUUAGUUCAUGUUUUUUACCGUCUAAGGUUCCGGAAGCAUGCAUCAGUAAAUCAACUUUCAGACUCUGCAAGGUCUUUUAAGAUUGCCUGGAAGUAAAUGAGGUCCAGCUUUCUGCAAGUACAUUGUAAUGGACUUUGCUCUUUUUUUUCUUUAUUUCUUUUUCAGCUUUCAAAUGUUAUAGUUCCCUCAUCCUUUGACAAUUUGUAUAAUUUUUUGGAUUCCAUUUUUUUUGUUAACCUUUCAGCAUUGUCCGGUCAAAAAUUUUGUUCUUCAUUUUUCGUUGUGUAUGUAUACCAUUGACACGUUUGUUUCUAACAUUCUUGUACAUUUUGUUUUGCUAUUGUAGUAUAAACUUUUAAUAAACGCAAGGUACAUUGUCGAGCCUUUUUUAUUUUCCCUUUCUGAAGUCUUCUCUGAAUGGUUAAAACUCUUAUAAAUGUUGUGUAUUUACUGGAUAUUUCUUCAAAAAUAAACAGCGCCUCAGAUGGAAA